GACACACAAAUCAACCAGGGGCGAUGUGCACAUGUAACUAAUGCAGAUUGUGAUCAGAUAAAUCGGUAUUCCUUCGAAGAAGCAGAUCUGUGGACGUUGCCCACCAUGUUGUUACGAACGUUACUCAGCUAUCAUCUUCUAAGCACGAUGGAGCCUCCAGUGGAGCUGAUAGAGACUGAGGCUGGCCUGAAGAACAGGAGCACAGCCACCGAUGCCUUCAUCGACUUCAUGGGGGGUGUUGCAGGUGGCACUGCCUCUGUCUACGUGGGCCAGCCCCUGGACACGGUCAAGGUGAAGAUGCAGACAUUCCCCACACUCUACACUAAUGCCAUGGACUGUACUGUACAAACCUUCAAACAAGAUGGCAUUGUACGAGGUCUGUACGCAGGCACCAUCCCGUCCCUCGCUGCACAGAUCUCAGAGAACUCAGUCCUGUUCCUGUUUUAUGGCAUCUGUCAGAAGAUGGUAGCGAAGGUGGUUUCUGUGCCAAGCGUGGACAAACUGACACCCUUGCAUAAUGCCCUGGCAGGAAGUGGUGCUGCUUUUUUCUCGUCAUUCACGCUGUGCCCGACGGAGCUGAUCAAGUGUCGCCUGCAGGCCAUGAGGGAGAUGGCCACCCAAGGACAGCUGGAAGGAGGGCUAGAGAGACUCAAAAUAGGCCCCUGGGGUCUCACCAAGGAGAUCCUCCAGCAAGAGGGCUUCCGGGGGCUCUUUAAGGGGCUCACCAGCACCUUCAUGAGGGAAAUGCCAGGAUAUUUCUUCUUCUUCGGGGGCUACGAAAUAUGUCGCCACCUCCUGACACCAGCAGGAAAAACAAAAGAUGAAAUAGGGGCCUGGAGGACUAUCGUGUGCGGCGGUGUUGGUGGGGUGGCCCUGUGGACGGCCAUUUUCCCUGCUGAUGUUGUCAAAUCACGCAUUCAAGUACAGUGCGUGGCAGGGUCUGUAACUCCCACCUUUAUAGCAACAGUUCUCAAGAUCUUCAGAGAGGAAGGAGUGACGGCGCUGUACAAGGGAUUGGGGCCGACCGUCGUGAGAACCUUCCCCGCGACCGGCGCUCUCUUCCUCGCCUAUGAAACAACGAAGAAAUGGCUGGGCUACGUUUCUGACCAAGUCACAGGAUAAUGUUAGUGGUUGCUAGGGAACCAGUGUACAUAUCACAGUAUUAUGUUUUACAGCCAAGAAUCUGGUUUCAUGAGUGUUUGCAGUAUUAGGAACAGUGGCACUGGUGUUAGUGAGGAUGCUGUGUUCUAAAGGUUCUAAAGACUCUUUCCCCCUCAACAGCAUCAUUGAUAAGCCAGGGUAUUAUAUCUCCAUGGUGAGGGAAAUAUGUUCUGUGCUAAUAAAGACGAAGAUGGGGAGGUUGCUUCGAAAACAAUGCUUUGCUUGCAAAUUUUAAUGCGCUAGGUAAUCGAGGAUGUCAGGAACAUGAAUGUUGUCCUCAGGGACAUAUGAAGAUCCGUAUUUUCUGAUUUGGACCAUAAAGAUUUUUUCUUUAUCUUUAUCCAUACUGAAAAACAACCUCCAGGUUUUUGGUUAAGUGCUUCCAAAACUAGCAGUAGAAUUUGUAAAUUCAAGCUAUAAAAGUUAAAUUUCCACAUUUCUUUUAAUAAUGGUUCAGAGUGAGUAAACUCAUUACACAAAAUGUUGAUUUUGCAAAAUGGAAGUGGUUAUAACAGAUCAACAAAUAAUGAACAUGCUGGGGCCCUAACAUCUUCUCGAGCCAAGGGAGGUAACUGACUGUAAUGGUCCAGUUUCCACCCUUGCCCAACUAGGCUGGAAUUAUGGAGUAAUAUUUUUGCUGGACAAACAAGUCUAUUCAUAGUCCAAUCAAAAUCGCGUAACCAAAUUGUAAACUGUAAUUCAUAAACUGCUGUGCAGAUUUCGGUUGAUCGCUGGACUUGCAGAGCAUAUGUACCGUCAACUAAGUCAACAUAUAUUUUAGAAAUCUUUUCAUAUUUUUAAUGCACUUGAUGAAGUAAGACACGUUUUAUUACAAAAUAGAUCUUGAUUAUCCAUCAGAUCCUCUUCACUGAGCGAUGCCAUUUUAUUUGAAGCAAACGCAAGUAAUAUGAGAGGUGGAAUCUGAUUGGUCAAAAGGCGGGAUAUAGAAGGGACAUAACUCUUAAUAGCCACUGGUGGCGCUACGAUCAAGGCCAGAAAUUCCAGCCCAGUUUGGCAAGGGUCAGUUAACUCCCAUGCCUCGCGAAGAUGGGACCUUAGUGACUGUAAAUUUGUGUUUCAUUACUUCAGUUAUGAAGUAGAUUCAGUUUUUAAAAUUAGAAGAAGUGCUUCUAAGAAAAUAUUUUCUGUUUUGUAUUAAAUUCGCUUCUGCUGGCAGACCUAUCAGAUAGUCAUGGGAGAUUUACUCUCAAGAGCUGUGUAAUAGAUUGAAGGGUGUGAUUUUAAGAAGCUGGUCUGGCUACUGUUGAAACUGUUGAGGCUGGUUGAGAAACAGCUGGCAUCACUGGCACCUUACAUUUGUUAAAGGGGAAGUGUACACGCAAAAAUCACUUUCUUUCUUUUUCUAAACAAAACGCAAUUUUAGAAUUAAUUAGUAUCUGUGUUUGAAAAUAUACACUCAUUUUUUUCACAGUGAAAGUAGG